AGAGCAUAUCCAUUCAAAACAAUACUUUGGUAGAAGUUGCAUCUCUCGUCUCGCCCGCGCUAAGAUGUCUCAUGUUAGCCCCGACAACGACGAUCAAGCGCCGGGUAGCAAAAAGGGCCUUUCCCUGCCCAUUUCCCGAGUGCGCUUGAUCAUGAAGAGUUCCCCAGACGUGUCCAACAUUAACCAGGAAGCGCUUUUCCUUACCACCAAGGCAACGGAGAUGUUUGUUCAACACUUGGCACUGUCGUCAUUCAACAAUGGCCAAGGAAAAGAAAGCCGCAGUUUGUCCUACAGUGACCUGGCUAACGCUGCAGAGGAAAUGGAAACCUUCCAGUUUCUAACAGAUAUCCUCCCGAAGAAGAUCCUGGCCCGCGAUUACCUCAAGUCUUUGGAGCAGAUGCAAGAAGAGGAAGAAGCCGUGGACUUGUAAAACAAAUUGGACUUCAUGUCUGGGACAGAUGUGAUAUCUGAACAUUUAAAUCCCCAAAAGACCGAUAAGAGUCAUGUUGACUUGGGACGACUUGGCGAUGAAGCCUUCAAAGCCGCAAAGGGCGAUUGCUUUAACAUGUGAACUUUCUACUUACAUGGAGCGACGCUCACAAAAAGCUAGACACUGAUCACCUGUUCACAGAUUUGUAAUGUAUACAGAGUUCCACUCGGCUGGGGAAUUCAGCGAGCAUGGCUGUGGCAUAUUCCAGCCUUGAAAACGAUCGUGAAUGCGGCAUUGUAGCAUGGUUGUAAACGCAAACAUACCAGGCCUUCCAUAUCGUUCUAUUUUUAAAAAGUCCUAUCACGCUGGAGCUGAAAUACUUGAAAUGUGUUGUUUGUUGGGAGUAUUUUUCCACAUGUAGUAAGUGAACAAAAAGAGCUGUACUGUACUACAUGUACGUUGUUGCUGAUUAAAUCAGAAUCAUUUC